CAUUGGGAACUGACGGGUUAAAUUACCUACUAUUGAUCAAUUGUUAUUGUGUCAUCCACUCUUACCGACAAAAACUGAGACAUCGAAAUUCUAACAUUGAACGGCAGUGUCGCUCUCUCAUAUUGACAUUUCUGGAGCUUCCUAAUUUGCUAUGGACGCUGUCACAGAUUGGUACUGCAAUAUUGGAGUCUACAGUGCGACUGGGGGCAGAAGCCAUUACGUUUACAACUCUAGUCGAAACAAUAAUCUGUGCGGAAACCUUAAACCUAAUUAACGUUGCCAUAACGUUAAUAUAAUCAAUAGGCAGCUGUUUUGCAGCUGCAAAAUUCGAAUACGCGACAGAUUUACGCAUUUGCAAACUCCGUCUAACCUAACUCUUAGUGUUUUCGUACUAAGCUGAAGCCGGUUUUUAGCACGUCAAAUUAGGUAAAAUGAGUUCGUACUGCGUGGUUACGUCCGACUUUGUGAAUUUGUCGAUCACGAACUCGGGUCAAGAAUCAUGUUGCGUCGAACGUCGAUUUCAGAAAGGAAUAACUGUCGACCAGUUUAAGGGGAAGUUGGAGCUUCUCACGGGAGGCAAUCCAGCUACGAUGUCGAUUGAAGUGUAUGAUAAGAAUGACAAGCUUAUUUGCAAAUUGGAAGAAGGACACCACCUUUUGGGAUCUUAUCCGAUUGAUGACGGCAUGAGAAUACAUGUCAUUGACAAUUUCUCAUGUACCACAGAAGAUUUAGAUGGUGUGAAAAAGUUUGAAAUAUCUGAGGAGGAAUAUGCCAAGAAGACAGAUACCGUCAAAGCAUUCCUGGAGAAGAACAAGCUAGGAAAGUAUAAUGAAGAGGAUAUGAAGAAGAGAGCGGAAGAGAAAAAACGUGAGGAGGAGGUGGAGGAACGCUUAGCCAGUUUGUGCAAAGUUGGAAAUCGCUGUGAAGUGUAUGUUCCAAAUCAACCAAAACGAAGAGCCACUAUCUUAUAUGUUGGUAAAACUGAAUUUAAGGAAGGCUGGUGGAUCGGUGUUAAAUAUGAUGAACCUCUUGGCAAAAAUGACGGAAGUGUGGAUGGCAAAAGAUACUUUGAGUGUGCACCAAAGUACGGUGGUUUUGUAAAGCCAAUGCACAUAAAGGUCGGAGAUUUUCCCGAGGAAGACUUCGAUUUGAAUGAAGAGCUGUAAAAUACCACGAUUGACCCGACGAAUAUCCUUUAUUUCAUUACAAUUUUGUCAAAGCAAUCGUGCAUAAAACAGCUUUUUAGCAUAUAGAGUUAAAUAUUUUUUCUUAAAGGGAUUUUCUGGUCUUGGGAGACGAAUUCAAGCGUAUUUUUAGGAAUUUUUUAAUGCAUAAAAUUACGAUGUCAAUAUACAAAUGUUGAUGCAUCAAGAUCAUCUAGCAUUAUUCCUAACUAAGCUUAAACUUUUUCUCCAUAUUGCAACAAAAAUCAUCUAGAACAUGACAGCAAAUCAUUAGUCAAGUGAAUUAGCUAAUUGAUCUCUUUUUAAAUAAAUAAUCCGAAGAUAA